AUGAAUUUAGAUAGUUACGACAGACAUAGUGAGGCCGAGGAAGUAGGAACAAAAAAAGGUCCACAUAAAAAAAAAAAGUUUUUGGGUAGCAUACAAAAAGCGCAAGAUGAAUUUGCGUCAGAAUAUGGAUGUAUCUUUAUGGAUUUCUGCGAAGAGGCAGUUGAACGUCUCAUGGAGAUAUAUUUUCCUGAUCAAAGUAAAAAAUCUGGUAUUGGCAAUCGAGAGACUGGAUUCUUUGAUCAGAAUGGUUACGCGCAAGAUGAAAAUGCGCAAGAUCAGGAGUUUGUGACACUGGAGAAAUCAUACUCCUUAGAUUAUUCUGUGGCCUUUUUUAAUCUUCCUUCUCAAAAUCGCAUCCGAGACUUAAAAACUGACAAGAUAGGGACCUUAAUGAUGGACGAAAUUGAAAAUGAUUAUGAAGCAUUUGUUAAGUCUAUGAAAGGGAUGGAGAAAGAGCUUUUGGAUGAGAUGAGCAGAGAUGAAAGAAUUUUCGAUAAACUAGUCAAAAGUAUCGCGCCAAGCGUUUUUGCCUCAUCUGCUGCCGGUUUGACCGCAGCUGUCGUCAAAGACGAAGAGUCUGGUGAUUUUACCAUAGAAGCGGGUGCUUUAAUGCUAGCGGAUAACGGGAUCUGCGCUAUUGACGAAUUUGAUAAAAUGGAUAUUUCUGAUCAAGUUGCCAUUCAUGAAGCUAUGGAGCAGCAGACAAUCUCUAUCGCAAAAGCUGGAAUUCAUGCGACAUUGAAUGCUCGAACUUCAAUUUUAGCGGCAGCAAAUCCGAAUGGCGAUGACAAUAUUAAUCCACCCUACGAUACUGAAACGCUUCAACGAUAUAUUCGUUAUGCAAGAACUUUCAAACCGAAGAUUUCUCAAGAUUCUAAAAGAUUGUUAGUUGAAAAAUAUAAACAACUCCGUCAAGAUGAUGCCUCCGGCGCAGCACAAAAUUCCUAUCGUAUCACGGUUAGACAAUUAGAAAGUCAAGAAAUGAUGGAUACGAAUCAAGAGAGUGAAGAAACGAUGAUUACGAAUCAAGAGAGUCAAGAAAGGAUUACGAAUCAACAAAGUCAAGAAGUGAGGAUUACGAGAGAAGAACUCAUUAGGAUUCAAGAUGCAAUUCUUGCGAAAUUAUUGUCUUCAGAAAAUCGCAAAGAUCUUGUACAAUGGUACAUAGAGCAAUGUGAAGAUACUUUAACAAGUGAAUCGGAAGUUGAAGCCGAAGAGAAAAAAUUCAAACUAGUGGUGGACCAUUUACUUAAGGAAAAAUAUUUGCAGAAAGUUCCUAGAGGUGGUCGGGACGAUAUCGAUCUUGAGGAUGAUCAAGAAUACGACCAAAUGGAUAUUGAACAGGCAGAAUAUUGGGAAUCUAAUGAGGAAAAAAGAAUAUAUUACGCAAGAAAUAGUAUUGAUAUUCUGUCUUCUUCAUUAUAUACAUUCUACGAAUUAUUAUUUCCUAAAUUUUCUGCAAUUAAUUCAGAUGGGGAAACGGAGUCCGAAUCUAGUGAUUCUGAAACAGAGUUUGAAUCUAGUGAUUCUGAAGCAGUGGAUGUACCUCUCCGGGUUAUAAGUGGAAUGAUACAAGAUAAUAGCGGAGCUAGUGUCGAAACACAUAAUAUCGAUUUUAUUCCUAAUCAUUCAUC